AAUCGCUAUUCUUGCAAGCCAGCCAGAGCUCAUUUCCUACACUACUAAGAAACCUAGCCAAGGUAAGCAUCAGAAAUGGCUGACCGUCCUCAGCCACACCAGAUCCAAGUCCGCCCGGCUCAGCCACGAUUUGACGUUGGAGAUUACAAGGGCAUGCAGACUCAGCAGCAUCAUGGCCCUUCCACCGGCAAGAUCCUCGCGGUGAUAACUCUCCUUCCAGUCGGUGGAACCCUCCUCGGUUUGGCCGGACUCACAUUCAUGGGCACCAUCAUCGGCCUUCUUUGUGCUGCGCCGCUCUUCCUUGUCUUCAGUCCGGUUCUUGUUCCGGCUGCCAUUGUCUUAGGCCUUGCCGUCACGGCGUUCAUCACGUCGGGGGCUUUUGGUCUCACUGGGCUCUCAUCGCUGUCUUGGGUCACAAACUACCUCCGUAGGGCUACUGGGACAGUGCCCGAGCAGCUUGACUCGGCGAAAAGGCGCAUGGCGGAUAUGGGUGAGUAUUUGGGACAGAAGACGAAGGAGGUGGGUCAGGACAUCCAGCAGAAGGCGCAGGAGACGAAGAGGACAACCGGACAUGAGGUCCGUUGAAGGGAGAAUUGAGAGGUAUAUAUGAGAAAGGGAGAGAAAUAAA